CGCUCGCUCGCUCGUUAUUCUUUUUCUCUUCCUUCUCUCAACCUACUCUCUCCUUCCUGCCCUGAACAUUCUGAAAUGACUUUGGAAUUCCCAGCACCAAUCCACUUUUUGCUUGUGGCUCCAGACCCAAGGAACCAUUCAAUCAUUGAUGUCAAACGCAAAGAUACUGGAGCAUUGGUCUACCGUAAGAUCCGCCAUAUGGUCCCAAACCUGUAUGCCCUUAGUUUGAUACGACCUGAUACAUAUUCGGUUCUGACAGAGACACAGUCACUAUCGUCCUCAAGCAAGGAGAAAGUUAUCGUGCUACAGGAACCUGAAAAUAGCGUCCGUGUGAGGCUCAACGGACGACUGGGAUUUGAAUGGAUCUUUGAAUGGGAAGGUCACAAAUUGAGAUGGAUAAAAGAAUCACCGCUAAGCAACACUUUAGAAUGUCAUGUAUUGUGCACAGACAUGGAGAUCUGUGUUGCGCAGUAUCUGCCUCGAAAUGGCAUCAAAGGCUCAUAUUUUGGAGUAUACUCUGUUUGGGAGAGCAAUCUUGGUUUGUGCGAAUUGAAGGAUCCACUAGGUCUCAAACUGACUAUGAUGACCAUUUUAUUCACAUUCUUCGACAAAUCCGAUGACGAUAAACGAAAGAAAAAGGAUAUUAACUACCAACUGGAGUUGGAGUUUCAAGACUUGACGCUGGAAACCCAGAACAUCAUGGACCAAACCAAGCUUCAUAAAUUGGACUUGGAAACCGACAAAAUGCUAAUGAAGGCUCAGCAAAAGGAAGACAAACGCACUGAGAAGCAGCUAAAGCGAUCUUCAGCUUACAGCAGCACGACCACGAGUCCUGCCUUAAGCCCUAUACCCAGUCCUUCCAGCUCUUCCACAUAUGCUGAUGUCGCUCCCUCCACCAAAACCACAAAACGCUCAGCACCAUUAUUACGCUCUUUUUCCUACUCAUCUCGUGAUACCCGCAACCGAUCGCCUAAUAAAUUAACUUCCUUCCUGACGCCUUUCACCAAGGUCUCCGCAGCACCUGAUGACUCACUGGCUCAAAAGCCUGUUCGCCACCACCAGCGGGCGCUUUCUGUGGGAGUAACCGAUAUGUCCUCAGUCACCUCAUAUCAUCGCUAUUAAAAAAAUAAAACCAUAUAUUUGUCAUAUAGAGCAUUUUUACAAUAUAAACCAGUUCCCUUUUUUUUUUGAAUGUUUGGUUUGCAGUGAUCCAGGUAGUCAUAGUUUUUUGAUUAACUACACGC